AGGCAGAAAAAGAACGACGCUGCAUCAAUCCCCAAGGAGGUGGAGCCGGCGAAGAAAGGCAGCAGCGUUAGCAGCAGCAGCAGCAGUAGCAGCAUCAAAAACAAUAUCCAGGUGCAAGUCACGCCCGCAGUGAGCCGGGCACCUGUUCCACCUCCUAUUGUACAAGUAAAUGACACACUUCCGGAAAAAGUAAAGGAAAAAGUAAAGGAUAAAGAGAAGAUCCCCAAGCCAGAGGUAGAUAACACCACUUUAGUCUACCGUGGCAUCGUCUUCCAGCUUAACUUUGACCAGACAAUAAGAAAUGAGGAGAAGUUUAAGACCUCACGACAGAAAGACAAUCUGGUUGUGGUGGUUCAGGUCCACAAUCGCCCAGAUUACCUUAAGCUAUUAGUGGACAGUUUGCGGAAAGUUCGAGGUGUGGAGAGCAUACUGCUGAUAUUCAGCCAUGACUUCUGGUCCCCUGAGAUAAAUAAGGUGGUGGCUUCUGUUGACUUCUGUCAAGUCCUUCAGAUUUUCUUCCCCUUCAGCAUCCAGCUGUACCCACAGGAGUUCCCAGGACAUGACCCCAGGGACUGCCCCAGAGACAUUCCCAAAGACGACGCCUUAAACCUGGGAUGUAUCAACGCAGAGUACCCCGACUCAUUCGGUCACUACCGCGAGGCCAAGUUCUCCCAGACCAAGCACCACUGGUGGUGGAAGCUGCACUUUGUAUGGGACAGGGUCCGGGUUCUCAAGGACCACAAGGGUCUGGUCUUGCUGAUCGAAGAGGACCACUACGUGUCUCCGGACUUUAUCCACCUCUUAAAGCUGAUGUCCGCUCUCAAGCGGGAGCAGUGCACAGACUGUGACAUCCUCACACUUGGAAGCUACAGCCACAUUGGCUACUCCAGCAAAGCAAACAAGGUGGAGGUGAAGGCGUGGAAGUCCACUGAGCACAACAUGGGGAUGGCUCUGACCAGAGAGACAUACCAGAAGCUCAUCAAGUGCACUGACACGUUCUGCACUUAUGAUGACUACAACUGGGACUGGUCCUUGCAGCACUUGACCGUGUCCUGCCUGCCCUCUUACUGGAAGGUCAUGGUGAGCGAGGCGCCACGGAUUUUCCACGCCGGCGACUGCGGCAUGCAUCACAAGAAGGCUUCGUGCAUGCCCCUCAGCCAGAAAACCAAGAUAGAAAACAUCCUACAGAGCAGCGCGAACCAGCUGUUCCCAAAGAGCCUCCUGAUCGCUAAGAGACUGCCAGCCAACGGGGUCGGGGGGGUGGCCCCGCACGUGAAAAACGGUGGCUGGGGAGAUAUCAGGGACCAUGAACUCUGCAAGAGUUACGUUCGAUUACAGUGACCUUAAUUGCUACUAAUUAUAUAUUAUUGUCUCUUUUGCAUCCUCUAUAAAGAAAAAAGCCUUUUAAAAGUAAAUCUUUAUGGAAUAUUCUUCAUAUUGCCUGUUUUAUUGGACUGUUCUAAAUAAAGACGAAUGUUGGA